UGAAAAUGGGUUCAGCUUAACCACUACUGACGGGUGAAAUGAACCAAAGCACGAAGAUUUACUGGGCAUUUGCAUUUCUCGAUUGUCAUAAAAAUUCAAACAGAAUAAAAUUGUCAUUUGAUUCACCAGCACGUUUUACUUAACAGUUCAUGCCUUUGAGUUCUUCUGUACUUCCUCAAUAAUUUUAGUCAGAGUCGUCCAUCUUUUGCAACCUGCAACCACCGGUUGUUUGUUCAUGCUAUUGCAGUUCGCAAAGAAGGCAAGCACACAGCACGCCGGCGACACUCACUCGACGAUGCAGCACCGGCACGACGGCGGCAACAAGGCAUGGGUCGUGUUACCCUGCGGCCAAGUGAAGCGUGAGGUGGUGGAGCAACCACGCGGGGCGGCAGACGGCGACGAAGCCGCCGGAGAAGGAGCGAUGAUAGCGGUCGCGGCGGCCGAUGGCGAGAGGGUGGAGAUCAGCAUGCGGAUCGACAUGGCUGUGCUCCACUGCCCCCUCUGCCUCCUCCUCCUCAAGCCUCCCACCUACCAGUGCGCGGCCGGGCACUUGGCGUGCAGCAGUUGCCAUGGCGACGGCGCCGUGGAGAGGGCGUGCCACACGUGCGGCGGCGGCGUCUACGCGCGCUGCCCGGCGCUGGACACCUUCCUCCGCGCAGCCAAGGCCCCGUGCCCCUACGACAUGUUCGGCUGCCGGAGCUACGUCGCCUACUACGACGUCGGCGGCCACCAGCGCGCGUGCCCGCACGCGCCCUGCUCCUGCUCGGAGCCCCGCUGCGACUUCCUCGGCUCGCCGCCGAUGCUCCUCGCCCACCUCAUCGCCGACCAUUCGUGGCCCGUGAGCAAGGUGCGCUACGGCGAGGCCCUCACCAUCCACGUGCCGGAGUCCGAGCGCCGGCACCUGGUCGUCGCCGGGGAGGACGAGCGCGUGUUCGUCCUGUCCGUGGGCCCGCUCGGCGUGGCGAGAGCCGUCUCGGUGGCGUGCGUCAGGGCGAACGCCGCGGCGGGGCCGCGCUACCGGUGCAAGCUCUGGGCGCACGCCCCGGGCGACGGCGCCGUCGACUUCGUCCACAUGGACUCCGAGGUGGCGAGCAGCGCUGCGCCACGCGAGGUCGCCGUCGACGAGGAUGCCAUGUUCCUGACGGUUCCGCCGUGCUUGCUGCACCUACACGAGGCCGGGGCGUCCAAGGAGAGGAUUCUCAGGCUCAGCAUUGACAUCUACCUGCCAUGAUCGUUUGAUCGAUCGACACAGACAAACCAGUGUUCUGAUCAUGAUGCGGUUCAUAGUUUAGAUGAAAGUUUGUAGUGCUAAGGUUACGCUCAAAGUCUCCCACUGAAAUCACAAAGCAGGACCUUAAGUGCUACUAAAAUCUUAUGUAACCACUAGAUUACAGGCCCUUUCGCAUUUGUAGUGCUAAGCUAAAAGCCUAAAACUUUCUACUUGAAUGUUUAAACCUGCAUGUUCUAAAUUAUACUCUAGUUUGUAUGGAAAAAACUCAAGUUAGUAAUUUGAGUGGUUAAUUACUUUCUUUCUGCC